AUGAGUAAACGGCAUUUAUCCAAAUAUCACCAAUCUAGACAAAAACAUUCUCCAGGUGAUAAAAUUGAUCAGUUAAAUCUUCGUUUUCGAACAUGUCGAAUAUGUUGUCCUCAAAAAGAAACAGAUGAUGAACAAAGCCGUAAUUGUGAAUGUAGACAACCAGAACAUAGACAUGCAAUUAGAGAACCAAUAUCAAGUAUAAGUUGGAGUAUGAAAUUAAAUACUCGAGAAGAAAUCAAUGCUGAACAUGGCCAACUAAAAAAUGAUGCACAAUAUGUUCGAUUGGCAUUAGAUACACCUGUAGACACAGUUGAUAAAAUACUUCGUUACGCUUGGAACCUUGACGAACCUUCAUUUAUUGUAUCGAUCAUUGGUAGUACAGAAUAUUUUAGUAUGAAUGAUCAACUUGAAACAAAUCUUAUCAAUGGUCUUAUUGUUCUAAUUCAGAAAUCAGAGGCAUGGUUAAUUACUAACGGAUAUGACACUGGUAUUACUCAACUAGUUGGACAAGCAAUUCAGAAAUUUAAAUUAUCAAAUUUCAACAAUGAAAUCACUGCUAUCGGUAUAUGUAAAUGGGGUUGUAUAAGAAAUGUAGAACAAAUAACUUCCAAUGCAUCGUAUAGUAAUAAGAGGAACAAAUUAAAAACACGUAGUCCUGGUGAAUGGGAUCUUGAACUAAAUCAUAGUCAUUAUCUGAUGUUAGAUGAUGGUACUAUUCGUAACUAUGAAACAAAAGAUUAUCGAACAGACCUAGUCACUCAUGUGGCAAAAAUAAAUAAUGAACAUUUGUUCGACUUUGACAAAAAUAUUGCAAAUCGAGAUAUUAUUUAUGGAGUUAAUGAACUUAGUAUUGAAGAUGAUAACUUACAAUGUGCAAAUAUGGAGGAUAAACAGCACUGUUCAGAUAAGUUACCUCCAUUGAAUAUAAAUAAAAGUAAUCGUACUGAACGUCAUCUUAGUUCUAAAUGUGAAAAACUUUUGAAAAAUUUCGGCCAAAAUAAUGCUCAAUUAAAAGAAGACAUAAAAGAAACUUUUUUUGAAAAGCAAGAUCCGAAAAAACAAGUGAAGGACGAAUAUAUUAAAGACUUACUUAAAAAAGUUAUGUUUUGUCUUCAACCAUCGAUGCGUUCUCAUUUAACUGUAUUUAAUCUAAAUUCGGAUACUGAUUUAUCAUCAACAAUUUUUCGAAGUAUUUGUCGUUCACGUGAAAUAUUAACAAAAUUAAAAGAACUGGAAAGAAAUGAUGAAAUUGAAAUGAAUAAACAACUGUUAAAAAAAUCAAACCUUAAAGAUAAAAUUAUUGAUGAACACACAAAUAAUUUAAAAAUUAUGAAGAAGGAUCAAGAUGCAGAACGAACAAGAUUACUUUAUUUAGCAAUGCAGUGGAAUUCAAUUGACAUUGCAAGAGAAUUUAUUUUUCGAAAUUCAUUAGAUAAUAUUUUGACUAAAGAAAGAUAUUUUAUUGAAGUUAUAAUAAAUGAUUUGCCAGAUUUUGUCUAUGAAUUUCUUAAAUUAGGCAUCGAACCAAAUAAAAUAUUCUUUUCGAAAGAAUGGCAAGGAUCUCGAUAUGCAAAAUUUAUUCGAGAACUUUAUACUGAUGAAUGCAUGAAUAAUAAGAAAACUCAUUUAAAAGAAUUUAUUCCAGGUAAAAAGAAUGACGAUGAUAAAAAAAUCAAUGAUAUCGCAUCUCUUAAUAUGGUUCUUACUACUCUCAUUGGUGAUUAUAUGUAUGACAUUUAUUUUGAAAAUGAAAAUAAUGAAAAAAAAUAUCAAAAAAAAAAUGGACUCAUAGAUGAAUCAGAACAAGAUAAAAACAAAGAAUAUUUAUCAGAUGAAGACAAAACAAAAAAAGAUUAUCAAUGUAUAUUGCGAGAUUUAUUUUUAUGGGCAAUACUAAUGAAUCGUAUUGAUAUGGCAAAAGUUCUUUUAGUUUUUAUGGAAAAUCGAUUAUGUUCAGCAUUGAUUGCAACAAAAAUUUUAAAACAAUAUUAUUCAAUAGCAAACUAUGGUGAAUUAAAAAAAGGUUAUGAAGAAAGUCGUAACUAUUUUGAACAAUAUGCAAUCAAAUGUCUUGAUAAAUGUGAUGAUUAUGAUGCUGCUAAAGCAUGUGAAAUUAUUUUACGACAAAAUGAACUGUAUGGAUGUGUUACUUGUCUUCAAGUUGCAUCUGAUGCAAAUGAUAAAUUAUUUCUUUCACAACCAGCUUCUGUACAAGCUAUUAAUAAUAUUUGGUAUAAUAAACUCCAUCCAGAACAAAAUAAUUAUCGUCAUCUAUUUGCUCUAUUGUUUGGAAUUAUUUCGCUGGGUUUUUUUGCUCCUGCAUUUGUUCACUACAGAGAAAGUAAAGAGGUUAGCAUUGAAUAUUUAAUAUUGAUACAAUUUUGA